AUGGAGUCGAGCUGCAAAUACUUCAAGGUGGGAAGUUGCGAAGGGCAGAAGGUGAUCGAAGGCGAAGCUAUGCCACUCGUGCUGCAGCCCCCCGAGGGCGGCUCUGGCAACACGGUGGGGCUGCUGGCCGCUCUGAAGGAGAACAAAGAGUGGUUCGAGAAGUUGAUAAUAAAAAACAGUGCUGUUCUCCUCAGAGGCUUCCAUGUCAAGAAUGCCCAUGAAUUCAACGAUAUAGUCGAGGCCUUUGGAUGGGAGGACAUACGUUACGUGGGGCCCGCCCCUAGGACACAUGUGUACAAGAGGGUCUGGACAGCCAACGAAGGUCCCCUGUCCGAGUUCAUCUACUACCACCAUGAGAUGGUCCUGAUCAAAGAAUUCCCAGAGAAGGUGAUUCUUUUCUGUGAGGUGCCUCCACCGGGAGGGGGAGAGACUCCGAUCGUGCCUAGCUUCCGUGUGACAGAGAGGAUGCUGGAGGAGUACCCGGAGAUGGUGGAGGAGAUGGAGACCAAAGGACUGAGAUACACGUUCACAGCCCUCAGCAAAGACAACACAUCGUCCAUGAGAGGCCGAGGCUGGGAAGAUGCAUUCGGGACUUCAGACCGCGUAGAAGCAGAGAAGAGGGGUAAGUCAUUAGGGAUGGAGAUGGAAUGGCUGGCGGACGGUGGGGUGAAGACGAUUCUAGGCCCGAGGCCUUUGACAAGGGUGUUCGAGGGAAGAAAAGGAAGGAGGAUGUGGUUCAACACCGUUGUCGGGAUGCAUGGCAACGAGCUCAGCUCGGCCACCAUGGCUGAUGCAAGUGAAAUACCGGAUGAGGUGGUGAGGAGAUGCCAAGAGAUCAUCGAAGAAGAGAGCAUCCAAUUCAAGUGGGAAAUGGGCGACGUUUUGUUCCUUGAUAACUUGGCUUUACUUCAUGGUAGAAGGCCUUCUCUCCCUCCUAGAAAAGUGUUGGUUGCCACAUGCAAAUAA